UCAGAAUUGUGAGAUAAAAAGUCGCAAUAACCUUUUUUUUUUAUUAUUAUUAUUAUUCAGUGGCGGAAACGGUCUUCCAUGGUAACAAAUAAAAUGCUAAAAAAAAAGAAGAAAAAAAAAAAGAAGAAGACUAAACUAAGACUAAAUGAGACCUCCCCCGCCCUCAUGCCUUUAAAGAGCAGCAUAUGGACGGCGUUACAAACUAAUGCUCUCUGACAUUUAAAUAUAGGCUAUAUUUUAUCCAAAACAGUUUCCGUUCGUGAAUAGGUAGGCUAUUUCUGAACUAAUAGCCUGUAUUCGUUCUCGUUUACUUUCAUGCACUAACACUGAAUAUGUUUCGUUGUCACGAGCUGAAAAAAUCAGCAACGAAUCCGAACGAUUGGUGAACGGACUUUGAGUCACUGAGAUGAAUCAAAGCUCUCACCACUAUCUCCUCAGAAGUUACAGACCACCUUCUAGCGUCAGAAAAGGGUGGGAUUCUUCACUAAAACACUGCUGAUGCAUCUGCUCGAGCACAGUUGGCGGAGACAGCUGUGAGCCGAGAGUCUGCACGAGACGACAGUAAAGUAGAAAACAGGUCAGACCCUUUUAAAAUCAAUAUCAAAGUUUUGUAAUCCCUUAAUUCUUUAAUGUAAAUGGUUAAGUGUAUACGUUUUUUUUAAGCUGUCCAGUUUCUUCUCUUCUUUAACACUGCUCUGGGUGUUUGUUUCUUCAGCAUAUUGUCUAAGUAAACAAACAAGAUCUCGUUUGUUUUUCGCGAUAAGAACGAUGAAUGCAACGAAUAUAAAAUAACUGCUAUAUCAUUUAUAUAUUUUUCCUCUUAAAGGUUUUUUCUUCCCUCCUAAUAAUUAUUUGAUACUGUAUGAAAAGUUUCACAAAUGUGUCUUUUUUUCAGAUUGUAGAUGUGGAAUGUGAAUCAAGUUGAGCUCAGACAUAUGCAGUGGACAUUGAGUCACGCUCAACUCUUUAACUGCGUGGCAGAUACAGUGAGGGAGCCAUUUAGAUGGAUGUGAAAAUAUUAGAGUUAGGAGUAUUUUUUUUUUUUCCAUUGAUGGACAAAAACUCAGCAAGAAAGUUUAAUGGCAACCAGAUGUGCUGAAGAAACAUGGGAAAAUUUUAGACCACGAUGGAAACUGCUGCAGGAACAUUUCUUGAACCUCUGCCUGAAGUUAACUGUGUCAAGUGUUAUGUAAAGGCUAGGGAUUUAACUUAUAUUUUCUGUUUUUAUUGCAAAUGUUUGAAGAUCAUGUAGAUUAUAUGUAUACAUGUAGUAUAUAUGACCAGUCUUUAGAUUGGGGAAAGUUAAUGUUUAAAUUUUAUAUAAAAUGUACUAAAAACUUUUAGUACAUUGAGGUUCAGAGUGAUCUGUUAUUUAUUUAUAUUUUUAUAUAUAAUUAUGUGACAUUUAUCAACUUAUCUAAUCCCAAUAUUUUUAUGUAUUGCUACCAAGGUGUAAAAAAGUGAAUUUAAUUAUGAAGAGUUUGGUGUCACGGGUUACCGUAGCCUUUAUUUUAUUUAUUUAAAAAAAAAAAAAAAAUUAUAAUCAACACUCUAAAAUGGGAUUUUCUUGGGUACUUGUAGUAGUAUUAACAAAACAAGGGGUACAGGUGGUCUUCAUCACAGAUGUUGAGCUUUUAACUUUGUAUUUAUCAGGAUGAGGAAGGUAGUCGUGCUGUUUGGUUUAUGGAGUCUUCUGUCCCUCUCACAUGCUCAGUUGACAGAUACAGCAGAGGCUGAAGGUGAGGAAGAGGCGGUUGACCUUUUUACUACUCCACGCACCAAGUUGGCUGCCGCAGCCUCUGAUUUUGGCUUCAACCUGUUCCGUCAGCUGGCAGCACGUGAUCCCAAGGCCAGCGUCUUCCUCCCCAUGAGUAUCUCAGCAGCCUUUACACAGCUUUCAAUGGGGGCAUCUGAACGGGCUGAGAAACAGAUUUACAGGGCCCUCCGCUACCACACCCUGCAAGACAGUCAGCUCCAUGACACGCUGAGAGACCUUCUAUCCUCACUCAGAGCAUCUGCCAAGGGCUUCAAGUCAGCAGAUCGCAUCCUUUUGGCUAGGAAACUUCGUCUCAGGCUGGAAUACCUCAACAGUGUAGAGAAGCAAUAUGGGGUACGCCCUCAAACUCUUGCGGGUGGAGCCCGGGACCUUAAGACUGUUAAUGAUUGGUUUAAACAGCAAACUGGUGGAAAAGUAGAACAAGUCGUUACUUCGCUUUCUCGUAACACAGCUGUGUUGCCUGUGGGAGCAGCCUUCUUAAAAGGUAAAUGGAUAACUAGGUUCAGCAAAGUUAAUAAGAUGGAGAACUUCCAGAGGGAUGGAGAAUCCCCAGCUCUUAUUCCCAUGAUGGAGCAGGAGAAUUACCCAGUAAAAAUGGGUAUUGACCCUGACCUUGGCUGCACGAUAGCCCAGGUUCCUAUGGAGGACGGAAUAAGCAUGUAUUUCUUCUUACCCGAUGAGGUGACACGGAAUCUAACUCUAAUAGAGGAAGCACUUACAGCUGAAUUUGUCCAGGACCUUUCCAAUACCCUCCAUGCAGUACAGGUGCUGCUUACACUUCCUGUUAUCAAACUCAGUUACAGCAAAGACCUGCUGCCCUCCCUCUCUGACCUUGGCCUGUCUGAAUGGUUGGCAGAGACGGAACUUGUCAAAAUUACCAAUCAGCCAGUUAAGUUAAAUGCUGUCCAUCAUAAGGUUGUCAUGGAAACAGCUCCAGAGGGCGCAGAGUAUGCCAGCACCACCCCCACUGUCAACAGCCAGUCGCUGGCUCUAACAUACCGCGUAGACCGGCCUUUCCUCUUUCUAGUCAGAGAUGAGCCAUCAGGUGCACUUCUCUUCAUUGGGAAAGUGCUGAACCCACGUGACAUAGGAAGGGUAUGAGACAGACACACUUACACUAACAAAUACAAACAAACGAGAGACCAGCAACUUAUAUACAAGCUCAUUUUAAGCCCAAGUCUAUUAACAGAAAAUAAAUAUUUGACAUAUCUUGACUUAAAUGGCCAUUUGGAGCAAAAUGGUCACAGCCCAUUGACAUUCAACAUACUUACGCAAUACAAACUCAAACAUUGGUAUAUGCACACAUUCAAAGUCAAGCUAUACUUUUGAUGAUAUGGUCCACUUGUGCUUUUAUUAGGGAUAUUUUUAUGGAUAGAUUAGUGUAAUGUUCUGGAUCUUAGCCAUACAAUCUACAUUAGUAUUGAUGGAUAAUAACUUAGUCGUUAGCUCUGACUAACGUUUCACAUGCAAAAAAUCCCUCAGGUAUUAACAGCUGCUAUAACGAUUCUGAAAUUAUGGAGUAUGCCUCUCAAAAGCAUAUUGUAAUGGCCACCAUCUUUUUGUAUAACACUUCCUUUGAGUGUAUGAUACAUUUGUCAUAUGACUUUAAUUAACAGUCCCUCAGCAAUGAUGAAAUUAUACUCAAAUUAAAUUCAGUUGAUAUUCCCAUAUGUACAUUUAAUACCAGCCAUAAAUAUACUGAAUUGUUAUAUUAUGCUGAUUAAAAUAAAGUACAAAAAAAAAAAA